AUGAGUCCCAUGCCAGCUCAAGUGCUGGCUGCAGGACCAAGGAGGGUUCAGAACUAUCCUUACGCGACAGGUCCUCAGCCGUACGUGGCACCGGUCUCACGCGUUUCGCGAGAGAUUUAUCACAAUCGUGAUAAUUCAAUGAGAAGGGGCCCGCGAAUGAUUACUAGCCUUCUACACCCAAAUUCCCGCAGAAACCACGUGCCGGAGUCGAGCCAUUGUCGCUCGGGUAGCUCUCUUAGCCGUGAAUGGAUGCAGGAUCCUCCUCUGAGGGAUUUAGAAGAGCCCCCUCAAAACGUCUCUACUCUCAUGGCAGAUGCCCCGCUAUUUUACCCCGGCCAGAUCCAACACGGUCUCUAUCCCCUUCCCGCACCCUCCGCUUACGGCAGCCAAGGCCAAUGUGGACCUCCCCUGAUGGCAGGGGCUUCGUCAGUUUAUGGAGCUCAACCCCAGUAUGGACCUUCCGUCCUGUCAGGCGCUCUCCCAGCUUACGACGCCCAGUCCUAUGAUGAUUCUCCCCAGGAGAAUCGAGUUAGUCAACCAGAAACCCCAAGAAAGUUUGAUGGUGGCUAUGACUAUGACGAAUGGGAUAAAUAUAGUGAACGCUCUGCUGACUAUUCAGGUGACUAUUCGGGUCGCUAUUCUGGUGAUUAUUCGGAUCAUCAUUCGGAUAGCUACACAGACGAUUCUGUGUAUUACUGCCCGGCCAAUGUUCGGGCAAGGGGAUCAGGCAGCCGAAAUGAACACCGACGCCGUCGUAACAAUAUUUUGUUCACGAUGCCUGGAAUGCCUACCGGAUGUAGUGCUCUUUUGGUAGUCGGCGCCAUCCCAGACACUCCCUUUUGGGAAUACCCAGGAACUGUGGGCGUCAUACGAGCACUGGCCCCUGACGUAGAAACCUCGCGAUCGGAUUUCCAUCAAGGAGAGAGCCAAGCGGAGAGCCUUCGCCGGGCACAAGUGACUGCUAAUGAUAUCCAUAUUGGAGAUCGGAACGCAGAACGCGCUCAACAGAUGGAGGCCAGGGAAGCACCCAAGAGUGUUCCCGUGACAUGGUAG